GGCUACCGUAGUGCAGUGUAGUUGCUAUGCAACCAGAUGCGCGUCUCCUCUCCCCGCGUCUCAAUGGCUGAAAGAAGUUUUAAUAAAAGGGCCCAGUCCGUCGUCUCACGGAGGACGAAGAGGCAAGACACUGAGUUACUUGACCACAUUUGAAAAUACAAAACCCGGACCGAGACAACCACCCAGAAAGACGAGGACAACUUCUUGAGGAACUCUCGCUCUUAGGCAAAAUGAAACGUCAGUCCUCCAGCGCCAAGGCUGAGGGGUCCAAGAUGGCUGAAUUGAGGCCACCGGCAAAAUCUGCUUCUGGUCUCAGAAAGAAUCACACAGAUGACCUUUUAGCAAAGGAAGAACAAUACAAACUCUUGAAUGCAGAGCUAGAAGCCAAAACAGCAGAUAUAGUGAGACAGGCAGAAGAAAUCAUGAGAGAACAGAGUGAUGUUCUGUCGAAGCCCUUAUCCAGCCUCCUGCUUUCGGAUAAUGAAGACGAAGAGGAUUCAAGGACAAUGAAGCCUCGACAGAGCACUGUGCAGGGGGCUGAUGUGAAGAUGGUGUCAAAAAAACUAAAAUCAACAUCACAGAACAUGUGUACCGGAAGUAAAACAGCAAGCUCCAAGGCGUCUCAUGCAGAUAAGUCAGCAGAAGAUUCUGCUGAUUUUUUCCUAGCAAAGGCGAUACAUAGCAUGGCAGAGAAGAUGAGCGACACGGUCAUUCAAGAUAAUGUUACGGAUGAUCAUGAUGUGUCUAAUGCUGGAGACAAUGUGGGAUCAGGCAUUUCGGAUGUUCACAUGCGGGUUUUCAAUGCAAAACUUCGGAUUAUGCAAGAAGAACUUGAUCAGCUCUCAUGUGAAUAUUACAAGAAGGAUGAUGAAAAUGCAAAACUUAGUGCAAAAAUUAAGGAGCUUGAGGAAGAUAGAGCCAGAUUACAGAGGACCACCAGCAUUCAGCAAACGCAGAUUGAGAAGCACAGAGCUUUAGCGGAGGAGUCUGCUAAAAAAUCUGAUGGUCUUCAGCUGCAGGUGUCUGGUUUACUCAAGGAAAUAGAAAAUCUGAAUAGAUCCAACAAACAAGCAGCAGCCGCCCACGGCACCGUGGAGGUUCGUCUGAACAGAGCUCAGGAGGAGGUGGAGAGGUUGAAGACUCAGCUGGGCAAGAUGAAACAGAUGAGUAAGGACAAGACAAGCGAGGAACAUCAGAGCAAAGAGAAUCUACUUGCCGAAAACAAAAUGCUAAAGAGACAGAAAGCGGAACUCAUUGUGGGUUUCAAGAAGCAGCUCAAGCUGAUUGACAUUCUCAAAAAACAAAAGAUGCAUUUUGAAGCUGCCAAGCUGCUGUCGUUCAAAGAAGACGAGUUCAUGAAAGCUCUAGACUGGGGGAAAUCAUAAACACUGAGAGAUUUGGGUAUUUCGAGUAAAUAUUUCUGUGUAGUUGAAUUCAAAGGCAUAGAGGUUCGUACAUAUUUUUACCGAUACAUUUUCAUGAACAUACACUCUCUGAAACGCCCGUCUAUAUAAAUGAAGAAAUAAAUGAAUGACCCAAAAA